AUGUUCCGAGGAUACCGGAGACUGCAGAGUGCCAGCGACCCGGGGGCAGAGACCCGGUGCCAGAGACCCGGGGGCAGAGACCCGGUGCCAGAGACCCGGGGGCAGAGACCCGGUGCCAGAGACCCGGGGGCAGAGACCCGGUGCCAGAGACCCGGGGCUAGAAACCCGGGUCCAGAGACCCGGUGCCAGAGACCCGGGUCCAGAGACCCGGUGCCCGAGACCCGGUGCCAGAGACCCGGUGCCAGCGACCCGGUGCCAGAGACCCGGUGCCAGAGACCCGGUGCCAGCGACCCGGGGCCAGAGACCCGGGACCAGAGACCCGGUGCCAGAGACCCGGGGCCAGAGACCCGGGACCAGAGACCCGGUGCCCGAGACCCGGUGCCAGAGACCCGGUGCCAGCGACCCGGUGCCAGAGACCCGGUGCCAGAGACCCGGUGCCAGAGACCCGGGUCCAGAGACCCGGUGCCAGCGACCCGGGGCCAGAGACCCGGGACCAGAGACCCGGUGCCAGAGACCCGGUGCCAGAGACCCGGGACCAGAGACCCGGUGCCCGAGACCCGGUGCCAGAGACCCGGGUCCAGAGACCCGGUGCCAGCGACCCGGUGCCAGAGACCCGGUGCCAGAGACCCAGGGCCAGAGACCCGGUGCCAGAGACCCGGGGCCAGCGACCCGGUGCCAGAGACCCGGGGCCAGAGACCCGGUGCCAGAGACCCGGGUCCAGAGACCCGCUGCCAGAGACCCGGGUCCAGAGACCCGGUGCCAGAGACCCGGGGCCAGAGACCCGGUGCCAGAGACCCAGGGCCAGAGACCCGGGGCCAGAGACCCGGGGCCAGAGACCCGGUGCCAGAGACCCGGGGCCAGAGACCCGGUGCCAGCGACCCGGUGCCAGAGACCCGGUGCCAGAGACCCGGUGCCAGAGACCCGGGGCCAGAGACCCGGUGCCAGAGACCCGGGGCCAGAGACCCGGUGCCAGAGACCCGGGGCCAGAGACCCGGGGCCAGAGACCCGGGGCCAGAGACCCGGGGCCAGAGACCCGGUGCCAGAGACCCGGUGCCAGAGACCCGGUGCCAGAGACCCGGGGCCAGAGACCCGGUGCCAGCGACCCGGUGCCAGAGACCCGGUGCCAGAGACCAGAGGGAGCUGCACCAUAAGCAGGCAGAUGCUCAUUGA